UUACCUGGUCUUAAUAACCCAGGAGAGCGGAGAAAACGGGAGUAUAAAGGCCGAGAUAAAGGGGCGAAAUUGUGUUGGCUCGCCUUAUCUCGACAAUUAUAAAAAAAGGACGAAAACGCACGGUGCCCACAUUCAUCAAAAAAUGGCAAACUUUUGGGGCCCGGUUUGCCUGUUUCUCGUCGCCAGCGCCGGUAUGAGUUCCUCCGAGCUUAGCCUGUCGAGUGUUAAAAAGUAUUUCGCCAAUAUUUUCGCACCAGGUCAGAUAAGGGUGAUAGGAGGUUCUAAUGCAGUGAGGGGCCAAUUUCCUUACCAAGUGCUUAUGAGAGUUAUGAAUAAAGGGAAGCAAUUCUUUUGCGGUGGUUCUGUCAUUUCCGACAGUCACGUCCUCACUGCCGCUCACUGCGUCGAGAACGUUAGUUUCCUGCUUCUCACAUUCGGUUCUGUGACGACUUCGCCCCUCGACGGUACUGAGUCGCGGUUCGUGACAAAGAACGACGUCGUCGCCCAUCCUGAUUACGACCCUGUUGAUGUCAAGAACGACAUCGCUUUGAUUUUCUUGAACAGGCCUGUACAACUCAGCGUCUAUGUCAGCCCAGUUCAAUUACCAACUUCAAACUAUGUUGAGAACGUUGAUGGCUAUCUAACAGGAUGGGGACGAACCAGCGACAGUUCAAAAAAGGCAGCCAAAGUCUUGCAGUACGCUAAAAUGGAACUACUCCCUCUAUAUAAAUGCAUGUACUACUGGAAUUCAUUAGGCAUUCCUGUUGACAGUAGUCAAAUAUGCACAAAAUAUGUCGGAACCGCUAGCUGUAAUGGUGAUAGUGGAGGACCUCUUGUCGUGAUGGAGCAGAAUGGAGCCUAUACGCAAGUUGGAAUCGUUUCUUUUGGGGUCACACUAUGUGAAAGCGGAAGCCCGAGCGUGUACACCAGAGUCGGAGCAUACUUAAAAUGGAUCAAUUUGAUGACUGGCAUUAAGUAGCAACUUUCUGACCUCAAACAUUUUAUUCGCGUCGCAUCGUUCAAAAGAAAACUAACAAAAUUAUACAUAAAAAAAUGUAUUUAUAAAAAUAUAUAUAUAAAAUGACAA